AUGGGUUAUAGAUAUGAACCGCUGGGGUCCAUCACGAUCCUGCUGCUUGCCACCUCGGGGGCCUCCACAGACGGGGAUGUCGGAUCAAUAUCGAGCAUAGAGCUCCGACCAGCAGCGCAGCAUCUGCUGGGCCGAGUAGAUUCCGCAACAGAGGAUGCCAGUGCAGAGGAAGAUGGCGAUGGCGCAGACCAGGUGUCUCAGCUUUCUGCGGAGGAAGUCGACAAGCGGCUAAGGAAAGCAGCGGCCUUCAUAGCCACUGCUGACAGCCUGGCACCCUAUGACCGCCGGACCUUCAAUGCAGCACUGGUCAUCUGGGACAUAGUGAAGCUGUGGAAGGUGUCUGGCAGCCGCUACCUGGCCGGCAGGCAGGAGCUGGCAGAGGUCCAGGGACCAGACUACUCCCUCUACGAUGACUUCCCUGAAGAGCUAAAUGAGGUGGCCACCUUUGAGGGGCGCGCAGCGGUGCCCCUGAACUCUCUUUUUGGCGGCUUCCGCAAACUUUUCUUCCUGCAGCCGCGCACCUUCGAUCUGUAUGGGCGUGUCCAGGUGCAAAAGGGGCCACUGGGCGAUCUUCUGUACCCGCUGUACUACAAGUGCACCAUCGACACUAGCACAAUACCAGCUGGCUACGACGCAUGCUAUGCCGUGAUGCUGACUAACGACGACAUAAUCGCAGGAACAAAUGAGCUCAGCGACGUGCAGCUGGAGUAUCUGGAUGAGAGGCUAGGUCUGAAGCCGUCCGAUGUUCCCUCCACUGGGCGGUGGCCGCACAAUAGGCAGCCUCGCUGGCCAUUCAACGGCGGUCUGGUGGAUCACUUGAGGGCAGUGGGGCCAGGGGUGUAUGUUGGCGUGGGCUGGAAACAUCUGGGCACAGCAAAUGCCAAACGCUUCCUGCACUUCAUGCUAGUGAGAAAAUGCGACGCAUGA